CACUUCCAAAUCAGCCAGCAUUCUUACUCUCACUAGCUAUACUUGCAUUCCAAGACAUCCUUAAAGAUCCAGUUGCAGUUGCCAGACUAGACCGUCUUCACAAUGCAUCUCAUCUCCCAGUCCGCUCUUCUCUUUGUCCUCGCCUCCGCCGUCUCCGGUGCUCCUCUGGCGGUUCGCACCGACAACGAAGUCUCAAUCACCUUCAUCGGCGCAGCCAAUGCUCAAUUCACUCAGAGCUUCCCUACCGAUGGCUCCACUGUCGCUAUCACCAAUCCCCUCAGCAUCUCCCACAUCGCCUCCAGCACAGCCGGCGUCACCUGCACCUUCGCGGGCAUCGACCACUCCACCACGACCGUCUCCGGCGCCGUGACCGUGGAUGUCGGUCCCCCUCAGACCCAGAUUCAGGGAUCCUGCACGGCGGCGGGCUCCCCGGCGCCGCCGCCCUCGACCCCGAGCACCCCCUCCUCCGGAGGCCAGGGAUCCGUUGCCAUCACCUUCCAAGGAGCUGCCAACGCCCAAUUCACCCAGUCGUUCCCGCUCGACGGCACCUCGACGGUCAUUACCAACCCCCUCAGCAUCUCGCACAUCGUCUCCAGCACUGGCAACGUCCGCUGCACGUUCAACGGCAUUGACCACAGCGUCACGACCGUCUCGGGGGUCCAGACGGUUGAUGUCGGUCCGCCCCAGACUCAGGUGAAUGGAGCUUGCACUGCUGCUUAGACGGAAAUCGAGGCGGUGGUGGUGGAAUGAAGAAGGACGUCUGCGGACCAAGGUGGGAGCGGUGUUGGG